GGGGAGGGGGGCGGCUUCUGUUGGGAACUGCUCAGGUCAGUUGGAUGUUAGCAGCAGCGCCCAGAAUAAAACAAGCAAACAGGGAAAAAGCCGUGUUUGUGCAUAGUUCUGGUUAUUAAAUGACCAGGAGUCGUCUUUCAGAUUCAUUCGGUCUGGCCUGCCUGUCUGCACCAGAAGGGCCUCAGUUGUGUGCUUGUAAUUAAAUCAACAAGAAAGCAGAAAUCAGCAAGAGGGGUUGGCUGUAGAGAUCUUGAUGCUUUCCUGAUGCUCUGUGAUGCUUACCUCAUACUCUCAUAGACUGUUUAUGCCAAUUGAAGCUUACUUCUUCAAGUAUUGGAAAUACGUGUUUAUAUUUAGUAUCCACAGAAGAGUAUCUAUUUUAAAUCUCAUCUAUGUUACCACUCUUAGAAUAUUUGAACUUUGAAUCAAGGGCAAAUUGCUGUAUUGUACAAGUGAGAGCCCUAUCAUAAAUUCAGCUACUUACAGAGAGUAAACAUGUCUUUCUGUUUGUUUUUUUUCUAGGGACUUCACUCUUCUAGCUUAAAAGAAAAUGUCUACAUUUAACACUGCAGCAAGAGUGGAAACUUGGCUUUCAUCCACGUGGCACGUUAAGGUUCCUUUGGCAUGGUUGGAAGCGUGUAUUAAUUGGAUCCAGGAAGAAAACAGUGGUAGUAACUUAAGUCAAGCUCAGAUUAACAAGCAGAUCGAUUCACUGGUUGAUGUUAGCCAGCCAGCGUAUUCCCAGUUGCAGAAGAUAAGAGGGAAAAGUACUGUGAACGAAGAAGUAACAGCCAAUACUCAGGCAUUCCCGAAGCCCUGGGAGGCAAAGCCUACUCGAAUGCUGAUGCUGCAGCUAACUGAUGGGAUCCAUCAAAUUCAGGGCAUGGAGUACCAACCGGUGCCGGUCCUCCAUAGUGAUCUUCCUCCAGGAACAAAAAUCACUUUACACGGUAGUGUUGCGUAUCGUCUUGGAGUCCUUUUGCUUAAACCAGAAAAUGUGAAACUGUUAGGGGGUGAAGUGGAUGCUCUUCUGGAGGAGUAUUCCCAGGAAAGAGUCCUUGCUAGACUAAUUGGAGAAGCUGAGAACCCUAAUUCUGUUGGACAACCUGGUCAUGAACAAAUUGUUCUCAGUCCUAUGGAUGAGUUAGAACAAACUCUAGGCCCUUCAGAUGAAGAGCUCUUAGCCAGUCUUGAUGAAAAUAAUGGAGUUAUUUUAAACAAUGAAACGUCUUCAGAAAGUGGAUACUGGAGUAGAAGCAACAAUUUUAAUACAGCCUCAGGUUCACUCCCUGCACGCAACGAAAAUACGUUGCAACAGGUGUCAGUAGGCUCUCAUUCACGUGAACAAACUCCUGUGGAGUUAAAUGAUUUUCCUUUGGAAGAUGACAUUCUUCUGGAAGAAGAGAUCCAAAGAGAGCUGGAAGAAGUGCCAGCAGUGGUCACAAACAGAAGCAUUGAUUUAACGACUGAGAGGAUUCCACAUACAUAUAGAAACUCCAGCGAUUCAUCUUUAAAUGGCACUUCUGGAAGAGAUGAAGGGCAUGAAAGAGAGAAGCCUGUAGAAGCUACCAGCAAGCAAAAGACUUUUGGAAGAACAGUACCUGCUGGAGAUGGCAAUAGUAUGAAUGGCUUUUCACAGCAUAACAGUGUACAUCAGGCCUGCAGCUCUGCGUUUUUUUCUUUGGGAAAUUCUCAUGAAGAAAGGCAGAAUGAUAAAGACUUAGAUGAGAGCAGAUGUAAAUCACAUCAUGCUUCUGACAGCAGGCAGUUACACAGUGAUCCUGUAUCUUUCUCAAAAACUGAUCCAGAAGCAGAUCAGCCAAAGCAUGAUAUGCAGACCGUUCCUUGCAGAGCAGUAGAGGCUUGUGACCUUGAUUUAGAUUCUCCACCUUUCACAUACCUUUCCAUUCUCCUUGCAAAGAAACCAGAAGCUGUCACAAUUGUGAAAGUUAAGUGUUUUAUUGUAACUCUCACUGGAAACCUCAGGAGCAGUAAUGGGUCCUGGGAUAUAAAGGCAAAAAUUUCUGAUGGUUCAGCGUAUCUUGAAGUAAAUUUUGCUGAUGAUAUUCUAACAAGUUUGAUAGGAUUGUCAGUGCUUGAAGUGAAUAUGUUGAGAAAAGAUCCAGCUUUACGUGGGAAAAUUAAGGAUGGUUUAGAGAAAUGUCAAAAACGACUGAUAGAUCUCUGUUGUUUGAUGACUAUAGAGUUUAAUCCAUUUCAGUCUAAAGCCACUGUCAUAAUUCUACAGGAUGUUGAUACAAGGCAUCUAGAACAAUUGAAAAUACGUUUAAAUAAAUAAUAGUCUGCAAGUUUGCACACACUAGAUGUAAGUAUUUUCCCCAAGGGACUGUUGAAAGUUAAAUUUUAAGGCUAAGUAGUAUGCCUUUUUUCAGGAAAAAUAGUGGAAAAACUAUUUCCACUAUUGGAGGAGGAGACGACUUGAGGGGGAGGAAUUUAGCAGCUUGUUUCUUAGGAUGGUAGUAUUGAAAUUAAUUUUCAAAUAGUUCCAGCUUGAUUUAAAAUGUUCAUGCAUCAUUUUCAUUCAGCAAAAUCUUAUGCGUCCUUAACUGGUGAUCUGGAGGAGCAGACUGUCAGGAAGUGAAUAAUAAAUAACAAACCAGCUCUUUCUUGCAAUUUUUGAAAAAGGUUACUUACCUGAUUUUUUUAAGGGUAGCUGUAGGAGGAAAGCAGUUGAGUAAAUUUAAACAAAGAAUUAUUGUUUAGAUGUGAGUACGUCUGACUAUGCCAACUUGAUACAGAGCGUGCAGGAACCUGAAGUGUAGAAAAGCAAAAAGUAUUUCUUCCAAAUACUCAUGUAUUAAAAAGCAAACACAAAUGGGAUUAAAAGCUGUGUACUUUAAAAACAAAAAAGGGCAAAACAAAAACUUCACCAAAUAUGUUUAAAUCUUUCGUUACAAUCGUUCUUAUCUGUUAAUAAAUGGAGAAAUUUUAUUAUAAUAGAUUUUUGGCUUGUUAAUUAAUGAUUCUAAUUUUGAGCCUUAUUCGUUAGCUCUUAAAGUUAUUGCUAAUCUAGUCUCUCCACAGAGUAGUUAAAAUAUUUGUGCUACAAAUCUGUUGUGUACUUAAUGUUGGCCUUAAUUUUUUUUUUAAUUUUUGCUUUUAGAAUGUAUAAAAGUAAACAUAUUAAAGUCAUUUUCAA